GACGUUUGUGUGAGAGUGUGUCACAGUGUUUGAGUGAGUUUUGAUGCAUUGCAUGGAUUGAAGCAACAUGUGUUUGGGGUGAUUUCUGGAUGUAGGUGUGCAUAAACAUUUGUACAUGUGAAAGCUGUGGACCUCUGCCUGCCAGGUGUUUAAAAGAGGCAAGAGCUCCCUCUUCUUGUCUCCCUGAGGUAAAGUCCUUGAGGAUAACAAAGAUUGUUGCUGGAAAAUAACUUAAAGAGACUAACCUUGACAAUAAACAAGCUUUAUUGUGAUUUAUUAGGUCAAUAAUUGUAUAACAAAUAAUAUUAAUAGCAUUGCGUCUGCUCGACCUAUAGUAUAUAUAAUUUUGCAUUGAGCUAAAGCAGGAUAGCGUGCCACACAAGCAUCACUUCUAUAGGAGGGGAUUUUUGUAAGUAGCGCUGCCCAGUUUAAAAUCUACACAUGGCUCAAAAGGAGCACAGCAGUAAAAAAGCAGACAGAGCCUUUCCCAGUUAAUGACAAAUAAGGGAUGUGACUGCGCAAACACUAAACCCUAACACAUUUUGAUCUCGUCACACUUGUUACACACAGAUAAUUAUCUGCACACACACAUACAAUGGUUUGAACUGGUCUGUGGCAGUUUAACUCUCCACACGACGCUUCCCUCGGUGGACCAGUCAGCCUCCCCCACUUUCAUCCAGGAAUGCCCCGCCCCGUCCACGCCUCCUCAACCAAUCAGAAACCUCCAGGUGACUGGAGAAUCCCUAAUUGGCUUUUUUCCCCCACUAAAAGGGGUGUUUCCUCCCAACCUUUUCCUCAAGCAUGCUUUUAAAGGCGAGUUCCUUUUUUGUUUAUUGUUGUUUGCACGAGACAUGCCUGCUGAUCUUCCACACCCACGCCUUUCAUUUGUUGUACCUUUUUUUUUUUUACUUCUACUACUACAACACAACUUCCGUGUCCCAUUCAUCCACUUCCACACUUCUCAGGACUUACUUUUUGGGCAUUUUGAAGGUUUAAUUAAGAGCAUCUUUACAGUCCUGUCAGAGGAAUGGUCAUGGGGUCGACAGAGACACAGUGGCGUCAGGCAGAGCUCCCACAGCUCCAGGGCUGGGCAGAGAAGGGAUUGCUGACACAGCCAAAGAUGAUCAUCAGUAACAUGGAGGCUCCGGUGACAAAUGGCCCCAGCGGCGGAGGCACCACAGCUAACGGGCCGACCUCGAACAGCCGCGGUUGCCCCUCGCCCAUGCAGACCGGGCCGACGAACGACGACAGCAAGACAAACCUCAUCGUGAACUACCUGCCCCAGAACAUGACCCAGGAGGAAUUCCGCAGCCUGUUUGGCAGCAUCGGCGAAAUCGAGUCCUGCAAGCUAGUGCGCGAUAAGAUUACAGGGCAGAGUCUUGGCUACGGCUUUGUAAACUACAUUGACCCAAAGGACGCAGAGAAAGCCAUCAACACAUUAAACGGACUCAGACUUCAGACGAAAACAAUCAAGGUGUCGUAUGCGCGACCCAGCUCAGCCUCCAUCCGUGAUGCUAACCUGUACGUCAGCGGGCUGCCCAAGACCAUGACCCAAAAGGAGCUGGAGCAACUCUUCUCCCAGUACGGGCGCAUCAUCACUUCCCGCAUCCUUGUCGACCAGGUCACAG